UUACAGGUGAAGGUUUAAGGUGCUUUUGUAGUCCAUGUCAUGAUGGUAUUGAUGUGAAUGAAACAUGUCUUGCCCCUCCAAACAGUAUGUGUUUUGCCUCAAUACAGGCAAUAUUUGAGAAUGGGGAAAGAAUACAUGAGCUCGCAUAUGGCUGUUUACCAAGUUUUGAAGGCGGAACAACGAUGCAGUGUAAAGCCAACUUGGUACCACAUAGAGUGGCGACAGCCAUAGCAUGUUGUGAUGAUGAAGAUCUAUGCAACAGAGGUGUUGUUCCUAUAUAUAACGAGGUAUCAACAACUCCUGGUCCAGAUUAUGAGCCGAAGGAGUAUAAACGUUAUGAGAACCUCACACAGAUUGCAUUGCUGGUGUCAGUCUCUGUUUGUCUUAUAGUCCUCAUUGUAACAGCUACCUUUGUUUACUUGAGGUACAGAAAACGUGAAAUAGAACAGCAAGAGAUGAUAAAUGACAUAGAGAAGGAAGUGAUUUUACCACAAGACGAGACAUUAUCUGAAAUGAUAGAUCACUCUUCCGGAAGUGGCUCUGGAUUGCCUCUUUUGGUACAAAGGACAAUAGCUAAGCAGAUACAGCUUACAAAAACCAUUGGUAAAGGAAGAUAUGGUGAGGUUUAUAAGGCUAACUGGAGAGGAGAAAAUGUGCCAACUGUAUGUAAUUUUGUCUCAUCUGUAUUUCCAGGGAAACCAGCAAUUGCUCAUAGAGAUAUGAAAACAAAGAACAUUCUUGUGAAAAAAGAUGGAAGUUGUUGUAUAGCUGAUCUAGGAUUGGCAGUGAAAUAUGUCAGUGAAACCAGCGAAGUUGAUGUAGCGCCAAAUACACGACAGGGAACAAAACGCUACAUGCCACCAGAGGUGUUAGAUGAAUCUAUAAAUAGAUUCUCCUUCGAUGCAUACAAACAGGGUGAUAUGUAUUCAUUGGGUUUGUGUCUGUGGGAGAUUGCAAAAAGAACAGAAAUAGGGGGUGCUGUAGAUGAGCAGACAAUACCAUAUCAAGAUUUGGUACCAUCAGACCCAAGCUUUGAUGAUAUGAAAGCUGUUGUGUGUAGAGGCAAAGUGCGACCUGCAAUACCAAAUAGAUGGCAAAAAGAUGAUUUUAUGAAGGUAAUGAUUAAGGUGAUGGCUGAAUGCUGGAGUGCGAACCCCGCAGCAAGACUGACGUCGUUACGUGUGAAGAAAACUUUGUCAAAAUUAGAGGAGAUUUUAGAAGCUACAGAAAAGAUUGCAAAACUUCAGUCAAUACAACCUUGACAGUAUUGAGAUUUGUUACAGAAAUUGUUUAAUGUCAGAUGAUAAUGAUAAUGAAACACCAGCAAGACAUUGAAAUUAUCUGAAACAUUAUGUGUUUAAAAACGAAAUGAUUUUUUCAGAGAAUUGAAAAUUCUUAUGUGUCUGUAGCAAAAUGUUUGAUAUGUCUGAAGUCUUAAAUAAAUGUGUCCAAGAGCAAGGUCAUGCCAAGUAGUGUGGAGUAAUGGUAAGGUAAACACGAGAGAAAAAAGUUGCUGAAAAUCACUGGAACACCUCGUGUUGUAUACACUCAUGGUUCAUUACAUCAUAGUAACAGUGGUGAAGUUACUCAAAGCUACAUUCAUGCCAUCCUGAUUGACUAGGUGGUUGGUCUACAGUAUGGUCAUUAACAGCCACACAGAAGAAUAGAGACCUGUGUUCAGAUUUCUAUAUCAGAAAAAAGAAAAAAAUAGAACUCCCACUUUAGAACAGACUUGCAUGACUACCAACAAAAUCAGUUAGUUGAUUUAAAACAUAUAAUACUGAUGUUGAUUCAAAUUAUUUGAGUGCUUAAAGAAUAGUCGAGUAAUUAAUAGUAAAAUGCGGAUGAGUUAGAUUUAUAAGAAAUUUAUAAACUGGAAAAAAAUGUUGUUUUGAUUUGUUGAGCAAUAUUUAGGAUGAAGUUUUAACCUCAUUGUCUUGUUAUAUAUCUCACAAUAAUGGCAUUUACAUGCAUUAUAAUAAACCAUUGUAUAAACUGCAAACCCCUCCACCAUUAAACAUUAUAUUUUGUCAUUUUGACACAGUGAAGUAUUAACUUUUGAGAGAAUUUUGCACAAAUUUAUGUUUCUCUUAUAAUUAGAUAUUGUUCUUUUUAUUUUGUGCUGUCUUGAAAAGAAUGAUUUUAAUAUUUAACUACUAAAACUUUGGAUACUUUUGUAACAAAUUUAGGUUAAAUCUUGUCAGUACUAGCUCACCCAAAGAUUUCUGUUAGUAACAGACUAUGUAGGUUUAAGAAAUAAUUCUUUUCCAGUCUUAUAAUUCUACAAUAAAAUAUUGUUGCCAUCUUCAGAUAAAGAUAAAUUUAAUUUUUGGAAAGUUAAAUGGCGCUUUGUUUCAAAGAUUUUUGUAUACCUGUUCUAGUAAUGUCCUAGUGUAAUGAGGAUUAAAUUUGAGCCGUGUCAUGACAAAACCAACAUAAUGGGUUUGCGACCAGCAUGGAUCAAGA